CGGGGUGCCAGGACGGGGACAGGGGCUCAGGGAGCUGCGGACUGGGCGGGACAACCGCAGCCGGCUUCUCCCGUCUACGGCCUGAGUCCGGACUGCUGUGGCCGCGCACUAGAGCCGCUGCGCUUGCGCUGGGGCCCGGGCGGGGAGGAGGAGCGGGGACCCAAAGGGCUGCUAGGAUCCUAUGGGACGCGAGGGGAGUGGGAGUGCGACCCCCGAGGGCGACUAUGUGGAGGUCUGGAAGCUACUUCCGUGUGCGUAGGGCGAAGGGGCCUCUCUAGCCGCGUCCCUGGCUUCCGGAGCUGGGACUCGGGAGCUCCAGCUGGAGUUUGAGCAGCCCCAGAGGUGGCAGGGCAGGAGGGGGCGGACGCUGGCGGUCUGAGCCGGCGCGGCCCGGCCCUUCCGGGGCUGCGCUGCUCCCCCGCCUCGGAGCCGGCAAAAAUGUGCCUAGUCACGGGGCCGCUCUUGGGGGAGUUGAGGUCUCCUCCGGACUGGGACCCGGAGCCCCUGCCCUACCGCCGCCCCCAUCCACGUUCUCCGCGGGCGCGGGCGGUGGCUCUGCGCGCUCACCCUGCUGGCCCGUCUAAGGGCACCCCUUGGCAAAGUAAUCAGUCAAUCCAUCCAUCAGAUCGCUCGUAGGCAGCUUGGCGAGAAAGCCCAGCCCCCAGGGUGGGGGGAGGGAGGAGGUCACUAAGUGCCCAGCGCUCUGCGAUGCCCCGACGUGCGGCGGCGGGACCAGGCGCUCCCUCGCGUGGUGGGAAAUGUUUGGCCUCGGAGAUGCGGGGUCGGCCUCUGGCAACCGGCGGAUAGAUGCGGGCGGGGCAGCGAACUGAGGUCGGACGCGGCUUCCCGAUACCCGCGUGGUGCCUCCCAGUGGCGCACGCCGGGUGCGUGGACUCGGCCUCCAAGACAGUGGCCCGUUGGCUGUCACGGCGGCCCUCGGUUGGCCCUUUCCUGCUUUAUAGCGUGCAAACCUUGCCGCGCCGGGGCCAAGGGACAAGUUGGAGCUGUUGAUCUGUUGCGCAAUUGUUAUUUUCCCCAGGGCGGCUUUGUCUUUGGAUUUAACGUUUCAGAAUUGCAGUUCCAAAAUGUGUAAGGCAGGAUAUUCUGUGCUGUGCUGUCAAGGGACAUGGAUUUGAUUGACAUACUUUGGAGGCAAGAUAUAGAUCUCGGGGUAAGUCGAGAGGUAUUUGACUUCAGUCAACGACGGAAGGAACAUGAGCUGGAAAAACAGAAAAAACUUGAAAAGGAAAGACAAGAACAACUCCAAAAGGAGCAAGAGAAAGCCUUCUUUGCUCAGUUACAACUAGAUGAAGAGACAGGUGAAUUCCUCCCAAUUCAGCCUGCCCAGCACAUCCCAUCAGAAACCAGUGGAUCUGCCAACUACUCCCAGGUUGCCCACAUUCCCAAACCAGAUGCUCUGUACUUCGAUGACUGCAUGCAGCUUUUGGCAGAGACAUUCCCAUUUGUAGAUGACAAUGAGGUUUCUUCAGGUGCGUUUCAGUCACUUGUUCCUGAUAUUCCCAGCCAAAUCGAGAACCCCGUCUUCAUUGCUCCUAAUCAGGCUCAGUCACCUCAGACUCUUGUCACUCAGUCAGUCAUUGCUGAUUUAGACAAUAUGCAGCAGGACAUUGAGCAAGUUUGGGAGGAGCUACUGUCCAUUCCAGAAUUACAGUGUCUUAAUAUUCAAAAUGACAAGUUGGUUGAGACUAGCACGGUCCCAAGUCCAGAAACCAAAAUGACAGAAAUUGACAACAAUUAUCAUUUCUACUCAUCGAUGCCCUCACUGGAAAAGGAAGUAGGUAACUGCAGUCCACAUUUUCUCAGUGCUUUUGAGGAUUCCUUCAGCAGCAUCCUCUCCACAGAAGAUUCCAGCCAGUUGACCGUGAACUCAUUAAAUUCAGAUGCCACAAUAAACACUGAUUUUGGUGAUGAAUUUUAUUCUGCUUUCAUAGCAGAACCUAGUAGCAGCAAUAGCAUGCCCUCCUCGGCUACUUUAAGCCAGUCACUCUCUGAACUUCUUAAUGGGCCCAUUGAUGUUUCUGAUCUAUCACUUUGUAAAGCCUUCAACCAAAACCACCCUGAAAGCACAGAAUUCAAUGACUCUGACUCUGGCAUUUCGCUGAACACGAGUCCUGGCCUGGCAUCACCAGAACACUCAGUGGAAUCUUCUGUCUAUGGAGACACACCGCUUGGCUUCAGUGAUUCUGAAAUGGAAGAGAUAGAUAGUGCCCCUGGGAGUGUCAAACAGAAUGGUCCUAAAACACAACCCGUACAGUCUUCUGGAGAUACAGUCCAACCCCUGUCACCAUCCCCAGGGCACAGUGCUCCAGUGCGUGAUGCCCAGUGUGAAAACACGCCCAAGAAAGAAUUGCCUGUAAGUCCCGGUCAUCGAAAAACCCCAUUCACAAAAGACAAACAUUCAAGCCGCUUGGAGGCUCAUCUCACAAGAGAUGAGCUAAGGGCCAAAGCUCUCCACAUCCCAUUCCCUGUUGAAAAGAUCAUUAACCUCCCUGUUGAUGACUUCAAUGAGAUGAUGUCCAAGGAACAAUUCAACGAAGCUCAACUGGCAUUAAUUCGAGAUAUACGCAGGCGGGGUAAGAAUAAAGUAGCUGCUCAGAACUGCAGAAAAAGAAAACUGGAAAAUAUAGUGGAACUGGAACAAGAUUUGGAUCAUUUGAAAGACGAAAAAGAAAAAUUGCUCAGAGAAAAGGGCGAGAAUGACAAAAGCCUGCAUCUACUGAAAAAACAGCUUAGCACCCUGUAUCUUGAAGUCUUCAGCAUGUUACGUGAUGAAGAUGGAAAACCUUACUCUCCUAGUGAAUACUCCCUGCAGCAAACAAGAGAUGGCAAUGUGUUCCUUGUGCCCAAGAGUAAGAAGCCAGAUGUGAAGAAAAACUAGAUUUGGAAGGAUCUGACCUUUUCUGAGCUAGUGGGUUUUUUUUUUUUUUUUUUUGUACUGUUAUACUAAAAGCUCCUACUGUGAUGUGAAAUGCAAAAACAUACUUUGUAAGUAAUUCUAUGCAAAAUUAUAGUAAAAACCUAGUAUAGGAAAUAAUAUAAACUUUAAAAAAAGCAUUAAAGUCAGUCAUCAGUAUGCUGAAUCAGUAGUUUCACUUUAACUGCGAACUUAAUUUCUUAGAACACCAUUUGGGCUAGUUCCUGUAUAAGUGUAAAUACUACAAAAACUUAUUUAUACUGUUCUUAUCUCAUUUGUUACAUUCAUAGAUUUGUAUGAUACAUCUGGCUAAAAGCAAAUUGCAAAACUAACCACUAUGUACUUUUUUAUAAAUACUGUAUGAACAAAAAGCAUUUUUUUUAUAUUAAAUUGUUUAGCUAUGGCAAAAACCAAUUUAGUUGAAAAGCUGGUACUAAUAAAGGAGUAUUAUGACUGUUAAA